UAAUUUAGCGGCGCGGCAUCCAUUGGCUGACGGUCGGGCGGCAGCGGGGUGGCAGCGGCGGGCCUCCAUCACACCACUGAGCUGAGCGGGCUGACUGCAACAUCGCUGACGCCCUGCCGACCUGUUCCACCAUAUAUUAUACAAAAUGUCCGAAAAGAGAGAACCUCCCCCAACAUCAGCCUACGGCAUGACAGCGCCGGGCCUCAGUUACCCUCAGAUGGUGCCGCAGGGAGCACCACCAUCAUAUGCUGAAAGCCUGAGUCACCCAGUGGUAGCAGGUCACCCAGGCAUGCCUCCACAGUUUCCCUCACCAUACAUGACACCAAGUGCUGCUGCUGCCUCUGCUGCACAUUUGCAAAAUUAUAAGGAUCAGAUAUUUGCACAAUCAGGGCACUGGUAUCUGGCAGAUCCCAUGUUUCUCCAGAAUAUUGCUGCAGCUCAGCAGGCUCAAAAGGUUGCUUUGUCACAUCAAGCCCAACAGCAGCAGCAAGCAGCUCUGUACAUGCAGCAACAGCCACAGCAGAUGUAUCUGCAGCAAGUUCCAGGAUAUUUCCAGCAUCCACAAGCUGCAGCAGCAGCUGCUGCUGCUUCUGCUUCUCCUUAUCAGCCUGGCCAGAAUGUCCUUGUGUUGAAUGGCUUUGACAAUGGAGCUCGAUUUGAUGGCAUCAGUCAACCCAGCAUUCCUCCUCCCCCACCUGGUGUUGCCCCCAAUGCAGCCCAGUUGGCAGCUGCUUCAGGGGCACAUGUGGCAGUGUCGCAGAAGAAAGCUAGUUUCUUAUCUGGAGGGUCAGGUGGAGGUUACACCAUCUUCUAAUAUGGAUAGUACUGCUGCUCACAAGAAAAGUAAAUCUUAACGUUAUUGUUAAAUUUUUCCGUAGGGAGACCGAAACUAACCUCACUAAUGUGUAUACAAUAUGCUAAAGGGCAGAAAUUUUUUUUUCUAAAUUAACCAAAAUGUUUUCAUGGCAAAUUGAUUUUUGGAAAGGUGGUACUCUGAUAUGCCCAGUCAAUCAUGCAUUUUACUUUAUUAUUGUAAGCACUUCAAGUAAUGUGAAAUGUAGUACAGUGUAAACACCAAUCACAGUAAAAACAUGUAUAUUACAACCUGAUGUAUACACAACUUAAGGAUAAUUUGUUUUUAUUCAUUUCAUUUUUCUGCACAAACAAAUUUGAGGUACUGUCAGAGUACAUACUUUAGUAAAAAAAAAGUUUUUGAUUGUAUGCUUAAUUUCUGGUUCAAUAUUUCCAAUAGGAACUGAUUCAGCCAAUGAAAUCAGACUGUCAUAACAAUAUUUAAAGUUUUCAUGUGUGGAGAAAUAAAGUAAUCUUUUAUUAUUAAUUUUUAGUCAGUCAGCAAAAUUAUUAUAACUGAGUACUAAUUUGACAGUAUACAUUUACUUUCAUACAGAUUGUAAACUGUACAAUUUGAAAUAUUUGAAGACAUGGUUAUAAUUUUCACUACUGGAGUAAAACAUACUUCAAGCUCAGUUUUCUGUUAAUAGUGGAGUAUACUUGAUAAGCUUAUUGGGAAACCUUAGCAUACUUACCAAACUGAGAUUAAUGAAGAUGUGUAAAACAAAAAAAUUAUGGUCCCUACAGCUGUAACUUCCAUCCCAAUUCAGUUAGUCAUUGCUAUGAAUUGACUUUGUUGUUGCAUUUUUUGCAGAAUCUUGAAACCUAAGCAAAACCUGGAAUUGCCAAAAUUAGUAAUCUAAAGAACAAUUGUUACAGGUUGAAAAUACUGAGUAGAACUGUAAAUAAAAUUAACAUUGGGUCAGCAUUUCUAAAGAUCUUGAAUUUUGAGUAAUAACUGAAAUUUAGUGCCAAUUAAAAAAGUAACAAGAAAUACUGUUGUUCACAAUCAGCAAAGCUUCAUUGUACUAACUUGUAUGUAAUUUAAUUUUUUUGUUAUAUUUAGCUUGAAAACAGCAUAUGAUUUCAAAUUAAUGUAGCAAACCCAAACUGCUCUUUGGUUAUUUUAAACUACUGGUUAAACUACUGGUCCUUGUAGCAUUUUGGAUAUCAGCAUUCCUAGAUUUAAUUCAUACUCAGAAGUGCACACAUUAUUUUCCUUAUAAUACAUUUAGUUCUUCCAUCACAAAUGGCUUGAAGUCUUGUGUUUUUCUCUAUUUUGUUGCAUGUUGGUCCAUGUACAUAUCAGGUUCUUCAGACAAGGAUUAAAAGGACAAAAUUGACGUUAUUUGAUAGUUCCAGGAAUAAUUUUUACCACCUCUGUUCCAUUUUUUGAAGACAAGGUCCUCCAUGCAUACAUAUUCAGUGUUAUGACAAUGAUACAUACCAGCCAAUGAAUUUGAUUGUAUGUAUUUUUGUAUAUAGAUACUUUAUGUAUGUAAAUAUCAUUGAAAGUUAUGUCAUUCCAUGUUUUAAGGAAUUUUCUAGUCCACUAUAAUAAUGAGCUUUGGGCCUUCAGUAAUGGCAUACCAGACUUCAUAGAAUGCUCUUGUAAUGUGUAAUAAGUUUGUGUGCUACUAAAGAGGAUUGUAAGAAUUAUCAGUGAGUGCAUAGAUUAGUUAGAUAGGAUGUUUGUGCUUUUACUGUAUAGGAGCAAGUUAUUCAUGAUAUAGCUCUGUUUUGAACAUGAGUGGAGACAUUUGUAUGUAAGCAACUUUAUAUUCACUUGAUUUGACAUAGUGAAAAUAUAUAUGGUUAUGAACCUAUCUAUAAUAUUAUAGCCCAUGUAUUUCGACAUUAAUUCUUAUGAUCAAUAAAUAAAGGUCAGCAGCAAUG